AUGCAUUUUCAUAUGCGCAAUACAGAGACUAGCCCCAUAUCAUACCGAAUCCGGAGGUGUGCCCUCAUUCCAAAAGGAAUCAACCUGACACUCGAGGAGGAAAUGAUGGUUAUUAAACGCAUUGGAUAUCGCCCUAUUCCGCCUCCUGGAGCCAUGACGUCAAACUGGUUUACGAGACACGCUGAAGUAAACAUAUCCAAGGCCAAGGCAUGCGGAGCAGGCAAACAAGAGGUUGCUAUGGUUGGAAUACCUGCUGGGCGAUAUAGAGCUGGCUCCGAAUGUUCGGAAACUCUAGCCAACCAACGUAUGGUUAAUGUCAGGCUUCAAGUCAAGGGUGCUUUCCCACAAAACGAUACAUUUACCAGUUCUAUUCCGAGCCGCAUUCAAAGGGACUUGUGGAAUGUUGAUAUCCCUCACAUGAGUGAAAUAAAGCCGCUGGAUACGCUGAGCCCUACCGCUAGUUUGUCACCAUUUCCACACAAAUAUACCCUGAAGGAAGCACAUUUUCUUUAA